GUGUGUAUCCACGCCAGCUGAAGUGUGAUGUUUUCACCGCUCAUUUCAUACUUUAACCUACAGUGUUUUAUCUCGUGAAAAGGUUUGAAUUGUUUCUUAAAGGAAAACAAACCGCCAUCAGACAUGCAGACAGAGAAAGAGGAUGAGGACGAUGCAUCGCCUGAGGAGUGCUUUGCUCGGUCCGAUUUCACUGGAGGUGGCAGCGACCAGCUUAGUUUCAGCAGCGGGGACAAACUGCUUGUGCACGCCAAGCCUUCAUCAGACUGGUGGUGGGCAGAGCUGCGGGGGGUCAGAGGUUAUGUCCCUGCCAGCUACUUGCGCACGGGUGCUGCUGGGGAGGAGGAGCAGGAGGAGGAGGAGGAGGUGGAGGUGGACGACGACGACACCUCCCUGGAGGAUCCAUGGCAGGAUGAAGAAUACUUUGGCAGUUAUGGGACACUGAGGCUUCACUUGGAGAUGUUGUCAGACAAGAGUCGCACUGAGGCGUACCGGCAGGUCAUUCGCAGCAACAGUGCUUCCCUGAGGAAUAAGGUGGUGAUGGACCUCGGCUGUGGGACUGGCAUCAUCAGUCUGUUCUGCGCUCAGCUGGCACAACCUUCAGUGGUGUAUGCUGUGGAGGCGAGCUCCAUGGCGGAUUACACCAGGCAGCUGGUGAAGCAGAACGAAUGUGAGGAAGUGGUUACGGUGCUCCAGGGGCGAGCUGAGGAGAUCGAGCUACCUGAGCAGGUGGACGUCCUGGUGUCUGAGUGGAUGGGUAACUGCCUGCUGUUUGAGUUCAUGGUGGAGUCAGUCCUACUGGCCCGGGACCGCUGGCUGAGGGAAGGUGGCGUAAUGUGGCCCUCUUCUGCAGCCCUCGCCCUUGUGCCAUGUCAGGCUGACACCUAUUACGCAGAGAAAAUGGCCUUCUGGGAGAGACCCUAUGGCCUGGACUUCACCCCUCUUCAGCCUUUGGCACAGCAGGAGUUCUUCACCAAACCCAAGUUCAGCCACCUCAUUGAGCCCAGUGACUGCCUCAGCGCUCCCUGUGAUGUCAUCUACCUGGACAUGUACACUCUGCAAGUCAAAGACCUGGAGGAAAUAAAGGGUCAAUUUCAUUUCUGUGUGGAGAAGUCUGGUGUUUUCCACGGAUUCACUGCCUGGUUCACUGUUCAUUUCGAGAGCCUGGAGACAGGAGGUGCAACAGUGGAGCUGAACACCGGACCUAACUCUGAGCCGACACACUGGAAGCAAACUCUGUUCAUGCUCGACAGGCCGGUCAGUGUGUAUGCAGGAGACUCGAUCAGUGGAACCAUUGUCCUGCGCAGGAACCCCGUCUGGAGACGCCACAUGACCGUUACACUGCACUGGAACAUUAACAGCACCACAGAGGAAACAGACAACUGCCAGGCAAACAUCAAAUCUGUCGGGACAAAGAGUUUCCCCAUGUGGAGGUGACAGACCCUCACUGUGUCCAUCAGCGGUGGAGAUCCACAGAAAACCACUCUAAUGCAACC